UCCCUCUCUUUCCCUCUUCUUCCAACAUCCAUCUCGGCCAGAUUCACGCUUCCUCUCUCCUCGCGAAAGCUCUCUGGAGACCAGGCAGCCAGACAUUGCUCUGACACUGUCCUACCCACCUACCUAACCACACUUAUUCACAUCACGCACUACCUACUUACUUACUACUCUAGUCUCUAGGAGGUAGUAGUAGUGGUAGAUAUUCAUUCUUUUCGUAUUCAUCCGUCUUCACUCUGACAUCUCACCCCAACGUAUACCGGCGGUCAUAAACUAUUAGCUCCGAGAAGUUGACAUUCCUAACCAAUUACUUACACACUGCCACUGGAACCACCAAUUUUGCUGAAGUCAACUUGAUACACUUUAUACCUAUACCAAAAAAAACUGGACUCCACAUCUGACACACUCAUCCAACUUGGACCUGACCCUCCCCAGGUCUCGAGUUGGCGACAGCAAAGUCUUCCCACCCUUGUUGGUGUUCGUUGGUGCAGGUGAUACGCUGUCCAUCAUUUCGGAGCCAUCCACAGACGCCUAGGUAGUGCUCAAGGUGUAUUCUAACGGGCCUUUCCACUUGACCAAGUCCUAUAAUCACCAUGUCGUCCAUGUCUCGCAACAGCUCUGUUAACUCCCUUAUGGGAUUUUCCGUUAAUCAGCCCGCUAUCGGUGCCCCUCUGCAAUUCUUUCCGGCCAUGGGUUCCAAGCAGCUCGAUGAGAUGAUUGAUGCGUACGUUCCUGGAGACGCUUCUAUCCUCGAAAAGAGAACUGCUGUUUCUAUGGAGUUUUUCCAGCACUCCAUAGCUACCGGCGAGCUAUUCAAGUUCUUCAUGGUUUACCCAACUCUUCCUUCCGCCAACACGUCUCCCAUAAUGGACUCCGACUACCAGUCUAGCUUUACUAGCUCUCCCGCUAUGUCCGACAGCCAAUGGAACACCCCAUACAGUACAUCCUCCCGAAUGACGUCUCCCUCGACUUCUAAGAAGGUGGCUGCUGCCAAUGAUUUCUCUAACUUACCGGGUAUGAAGAUCAUGACGAAGGAUGGUCGGGACGUAACGAACUCUGCCUCGCGCGGCUGCAAGACGAAGGAGCAGAGAGACCAUGCUCACUUGAUGAGAAUGCUGAAGGCAUGCGAUUCGUGCAGGAGAAAGAAGACGAAAUGUGACCCUAGCCACAAGAGGCCCGCUGCUGGCACAUCUUCCGGAAAGAUAACCAAGAAAGCGAGCAAGGCUCCUCGUACGGCGCCCGCGGCACCAGCAGCACACCCACCUAUAACUGCCAAAGAAGCCUCAAUUAGCGCUGACUUUGACCAAAUCUUCACUGCAUCAUUGCCGUCACUCGAAUUCUCCGCUGAGUCUUUUGACCUUCCUACAGAUACUUUCUCUAUGGAAUGGGAUCAAUUCAUUCAAUAUGACGAGGAACCGACAGAGGCAAUCCCGUACAAUUACGACUUCUUCCUUGACCCAGCUGGCUAUUUCUCGCCGGGUACUACUGCGUCAUUCUCAUCAUCCUCUACCUCACCAUCACAAGUACCAAUUACUCCGAUUGACCGGGAUGUAAAUAUUACCGACACUACUACUGACGGCCAUAACCACAAGCCGAUUCUACCAUACUUAAUUCCGGGAGGAGUCGAGGCUGGAAGCAACUAUGUGGAUUUCAACCUAUACUCACCACAAUCAUCAUUCCUCGAUGAGGAUCUAGAUUUGAUGAAAGAAGUUGCAGCUUCACCUAUUCAAUCGCAACGGCUAGAAAGGCACCGUCACAAGAUUACCAACGUUCGUCAUGAGACGUCAAGCAAUUUGAUGCAUGAAGCUGGCGCCAACACAAGCUUCCUUGACCAGACAUGUUCUUAUCGACAAAACGUAAUUUCUGACGCAAUUGGGGACGGCAUCUUCUAUGGCGUAACUGAUCACAUGAAUCAUUGGCCAGGCCGCGCGGUAGCCGUGAAUGCUAUUGAUCGUGGCGGUGUACUAGAUGCUCAGAAUGCAGAAUGUAAUUCUGGUUCACGCACCCAGUCAAGAGAGGCACCACUGACGAGGGUUUCUGAACCAUUGGCCGCUGGCUAUCAUAUACUUGAAACUGGCACAUCUGAAGGCCUCUAUGGGCGCAAUGCAAUAUCUGAACAGGGACUACCAAGGCUACUGUCCGGCCGUGAUAGACUACAGACACCAAUUGAGGUGAAUACUGCAGAACGUGGUGCCGAGCGCCAGAUGAGCGUCCAGGAAGCAUCCCUAGUUAGGGAACCCCUUCGUCUGAACGAGGCCGUUUCUAUGACGCGUGCCGACACAUCAUCCCCACAAACCUAUGCAGACCAAGCCUAUGACGGAGCCGUUCCAAGUAGGACUUCACUAUAUGCCACCACGGCAUCAAGCCUCCCGGCUCACGCACCGCUCGAACAAGUCGAGGAUUAUGUACACUUCACUCGCAAUCGGGCGCCUGUACUCAACGAGAGGCCGUCACCAUUGCCGAUCACAGCAAGCCGGAGACCCACGAGAUCAUCGACCAGCGAAGAGAACAGACAAGCGACAUGGCUCGAUGAGCAGACAAGUCGACCUUUAACCUCUAGUGCAGCUCUCCAUCCAAUUGUAGAGCAAGGAAGCUCAUCCGUGCCAUGGAAUUCGGGUAGCGAAGGACAACUCGCAACCAGAGUGAGCCGGAGCUUCUCUACUUCGGCUGCUCUCGCGGGCCCAUCUGACACACUACCACCCAUGUCUGUUAUUGCCGGACUCGGAUUCCUCUCCGUGGUUGUUUCGCUUGUAUCAGCUCGUGCCAACAACGCGAGACACAACGGCCUCACCAGGCCUGCGCAGCCACUAUGGCACAAGACUACGAUUGCUGGAGCCGCUGCUAGAGCAGUUCUCCUACUAUGUGCUUCACAAAAUAUCCUGUCAUGGUCCGCAUCCUUCCUGUUGAUGGGUUCAUUAGCGAUCUGUGCUAUGACUGGCUUCAGCCAGACCCAGCACCAGGCUUCUUCACGGAAUGCCAGACCGAAGGCAUUCAACUUCUCUCCCUCACACACUCUUCCCAACACGAAACGACCUCAUAUCGACGUGAUCGAUGAAUUCAAAUCUACCUGUACCAAGAUCUUGCGCAUAGUACGAUGCAACCCUAAAGGGAUGCUGAUACCCAGCGCAUAUUUUCAAAGUCGACAGACGGACAGAACUCGAACACCUUGUACAAGAGAUCUCACACCCCAUGUGAAAUCUCUUGUAUAAGAGAGUGACCUUGUUCUGCGAAGUCUGAUUACCAUUGUCAUUGCUGUUCAAUAUCUAUUUCUUUUUUAUAUAGUACAUAUGAUACCCAGGUCAUGCUAAGCAUAGCCCAAAAGUUGUCGAGAAGAAGAGAGGGGGGAAUAGGAGAGCUCCGGUCAAGUUUGAGUCGUCACAAUGCAACGACGACGUUCCUUCUUAGUACUCGAGAUAACCCCUUCGCUCUAUCUCACUAGGUAUUUAGAUUAGAUCAAUACGGAGCCUCACCUCCUCGCUUAUUAAACUGCUAGACUUUGAAUUGAGUGAGAAGAUGUUUUGCGACUUGCCCUUGUUACGGUUAUCUACCUAUAUACCACCUAAGCUCUGAGACGCUAGUUGUCAGAAUGACGAAUGCAUACACACCCCAAUCCUAGGCUACGCUGAGAUAUUUACAACAAUUCCCAGUA